AUGGAUCCCACCAAAUCACGUCAAGACUCCUCGGAGCGCACACCCUUGCUCAACGGCGAGGGCGGCUCCAACGCCGGUGCCGCGCCGACUAGCCGCGGCGCCCAUCACCACCAGGCUUCUGGUUCCAAACUCGCGCAAUUCUUCACAAAUUCCCACUACACGCCUGGUACCGACCACCACAGCCUCAUCGUGCGCAGCGCCGCAUAUAGCUGGCACACCCUCAAGGCGACCCUGCUCAGCAGCUAUGUCAACCUUCUCCUCGUCCUGGUUCCCAUUGGUAUUGCCGCUGGCAUGCUCAAGUGGAGCGCCGCAGCCGUCUUCACCCUUAACUUCUUCGCCAUCAUUCCCCUCGCGGCCGUCCUGGCCUUUGCCACCGAGGCACUCGCCGCGGAUCUUGGAGAGGCUCUCGGCGGGCUGCUUAACGCCACCUUUGGCAACGCCGUGGAGCUGAUUGUUAGUAUCGUCGCCCUUCGUGAUGGCCAGAUUGAGGUUGUCCAGUCGUCCAUGCUCGGUUCCAUCCUCUCCAACCUGCUCCUCGUCAUGGGCAUGUGCUUUCUCUUUGGUGGCCUUAGACACCGCGGCAGCAGCGGCCAUGGUAGCGAGCAGGUAUUUUCUGCCGCCGUUGCCCAGACUACCUGCUCCCUCAUGGCGCUCUCCUCGGCCUCACUUGUCCUCCCUGCUGCUUUGUACGCUGUCAUGGACCAAAACCACUCCGGUGCCAAGCGCGAAUCUAUUCUCGUCUUCUCCCGCGGCACCGCCAUCAUUCUGCUUAUCCUCUACGUCCUCUACCUCGUCUUCCAGCUGCGCACUCAUCGCAACCUCUUUGACCCCGAGAUGGACGGCGCUGCCGCCAUCGCCGAAGACGAGACCACCCAGACUCCCGAGGUUGAAGCCGCCGAGGAUGAUGAACCGGAGGUCCAUCUCGGCCCUGCCAGCGCUUUCGGUGUCCUCGUCGUUGUCACUGUGCUGGUCUCCAUUUGCGCCGACUACCUCGUCGGUAGCAUCGACGAAAUUGUCGCCUCCACCAGCAUGAGCAAGGCCUUUAUUGGUCUGAUUCUCCUCCCCAUCGUCGGCAACGCCGCUGAGCACGCGUCAGCUGUGUACUCCGCGGUUCAAAACAAGAUGGACCUCGCUAUGAGUGUGGCCAUCGGUUCCAGUAUCCAAAUUGCUCUUGGCGUCACACCUUUCCUCGUCAUUGUCGGUUGGAUCAUGAACAGGGAUAUGACCUUGCGCUUUGAAACUUUCCAAACUGUUUCGUUUGCCGUAUCAGUUCUCGUCGUCACGUACACUGUGCAAGACGGCAAGUCCAAUUACCUGGAGGGAGCCAUGUUGAUUGGUCUCUACACCAUCAUCGCAGUUGCUUUCUACGCUACUCCUGCCGACGCUAUGGACAGUGCCAUGACCUUUUUCUCCAACGGCAAUUAA